AUGAAAUGUAUACCAUUCUUUAACGCUUGUAUGAAAGAGACACUCUGUAUUCGACCAGUUGAUGCCCUUUCUCUACCACGGAGAGCCACUGAAGAUAUAUGUGUAAAGGAUAAAUACAUCAUUCCAAAGGAUCAUGAACCUCUUGGUGUAUGCAACGAUGAAAAGUAUUGGAAAGAACCAACUGUAUUUAAUCCAUACCGUUGGUUGUCAGAUGAUCGUUUUGAUGGACGAAACAGCACCAGCAACCAACAAUCAAGCAAUCAUCCAACAAUCAAUCAUUUCUACAAUCAACCAUGCAAGCAUCGAAAUAUAAUCAAAGACGGUCGUAAUUAUUACAUUAUUACACAAACAAUUCAAGUGGUGCCACGGCAAGGACGCAAAUCAGUUGACACGAUACACGAAUCGGCUGACAGGGUACAACCACCAACAAUCAAACAAUCAACAAGUCAACCAGCAACCAAAUAA